GUAUGAACUUUAUUUUUCUGCAACGGUUUUCAGUAUUUGAUCGAUAGAUUUUAUUUUGUUAGAAAUUAUGGCAAUGAUCGAUCAAAAAGAGAUACUGAAUUUAAUUCAAAAUGCUAGAAAUUCUUUGGUAUAUAGCUAUUGUCCUUACAGCAAUUUUCCUGUAGGCUGUGCAUUACUUUGUGAUGAUGGUACCGUCUUUACAGGAUGCAAUGUUGAGAAUGCUACUUAUUCCGGUUCAAUUUGUGCUGAACGUACGGCCUUUGUUAAAGCUGUUUCAAGUGGACAUAGAAAAUUUAAAGCUAUAGCUAUUACAUCGAAUCUAACCAAUGAUCUCUGUGCACCUUGUGGUAAUUGCCGCCAAUUCAUGGUGGAGUUCGGUGAGGAUCUGAUUGUAAUACUGGCCAAUCGCAAUAAUGAUGAUUACAAGCAAUAUACUCUCAAUGAAUUGAUACCUAUCUCAUUUGGACCUAAAAAUAUUUCCGAUUAUAAUGAAUUAAAAGAUCAAAAAUCAUCGCAAUGAUACGCAAUAUAUUAUAAAUUUUCAAAUCAUGUCAUAUGUGAUUGGUACAAAUAUUUUUUGUUUUGUUUUUUAAAAAGGUUCAAAGGUUCAACGUGCUUUUGAAUUUUGCUACUUUGGCCACGACAAAUUCGUGUAAAUUCCAAAGAAAAAAACAAUUUUUUUAAAAUUUAAAUUAAAAACUUCAAAAUUGAA